AUGGACGACGGCGGGCUGGGCGAUAUCAUCGAAAGCGACGCCGAUGUCGUCGAGAGCUGUACCACGCGCGAGAAGAAGUUUUCCAAUGACGAUGCUCAUCUCGAGCCCACACGCUGGUGGUUCGCCUCAUCGGCGUUCCCCAUGAUCGCAGGCACUCUCGGCCCUGUAGCCUCAGCAUUCAGCAUCUGCGCAUUGGUCCGUCCUUGGCGACAACAAUUAACCCCCGGGACGGAAGUUCAAGAUGCCACUUUCGUCGCCGACCCGGCAUGGCUGACCAUCGUCAAUGCCAUCCAGCUUGUCGUCGCCCUCGUCUCAAACGUCUUCUUACUCCUCAACAUGGCAAGACGAGUUCGCUUCAGCAUCGCUCAACCCAUUACCAUCAUAGGAUGGUAUAUUUCAUCCAUAUGUCUGAUCAUCCUCACUUCCACCGCAGCUGGGCCUCUCCUCGAAGGCCUCAAGUUUCCGGAAGAUGAGCUUAUCUGGUCGCAGGCUUUCUGGUACGGUGUCUGGGCCGCCAUACUCUAUUUCCUCGACGCCUCUCUCAUGGUUGUCACCUUCUACGGCGCUGUGACUGGCCACUACGACAAGGACUUCAUGCUUACUCGCAGCCAACGCACCCUCAUGCUGCAGACCAUCAUGUUCCUCGUAUAUCUUCUCCUCGGCGCCCUGGUAUUCUCCAACAUCGAGGGCUGGAAUUACCUCGAUGCCGUCUACUGGGCUGACGUAACCCUCUUCACUGUUGGUUUCGGUGAUAUCACCCCGUCAACGAAUCUUGGUCGGGCCCUCAUGAUGCCGUACGCCCUCGUCGGCGUUAUCAGUCUCGGUUUGGUCAUUGGUUCCAUUCGGAGCCUUGUACUUGAUCGUGGAAAGCGUCGCCUUGACGCCCGUAUGGAAGAGAAGAAGCGCCGUAAAAUGGUCCGGACCAUGACUCGCCACGGCGACGACGACAUUCUUGAGCCCAUUCGUGCAGAUUCAGGCCUCUCUCAAGGCCCUCGGUCAGAAAAGCUGCCGGCCACUGAGUUUGAACGGCGCAAGGCUGAGUUUGCGUUGAUGCGCCAGAUCCAGGCACAGUCGUCGUCUCGCAGGAGAUGGAUGGCCAUGGCAAUCUCCACCGGGUCGUGGCUCAUUCUAUGGCUCGUAGGUGCCUUGAUCUUCGUCAAGAGCGAGAAACCCUACCAGAACUGGACAUACUUCACAGGUUUUUACUUUUGCUUCGUGGCUCUCACCACCAUCGGAUAUGGAGAUAUCACUCCCGUAUCGAAUUCGGGCAAAUCCUUCUUCGUCUUCUGGUCUCUUCUCGCGUUGCCCACCAUGACGGUUCUCAUCUCCAAUGCCGGCGACACGGUCGUCAAGUUCAUCCGAGACGGCACUCUGCGACUAGGAAACGUCACCAUUCUCCCUGGCGAAGAGGACUUUUUCAACAACGUGAAGCACAUUGUGCAGAAGGUUACAUGCGGCAAGGUCUUUCCAACCCAUGUUCUGCCAGAGCCCAAACCUCUGGAUUCCGAGACUGGCGUAAAACACCCCUUUUCUCAACCGAUGACAAAAUCUGAGCGGCACAAUACCCAGGACGACGCGAGGGGUCGCGCCAGUCACUCCGACGUCGAGCAUGAAGCUGCAAUGCACCAGCGGCCAGAGCAUGAGCGUACCCUGUCAAGUUUCACCGCCAAGGUCCGACGAUCGCUCUCACGCCUCCGUGAUCCCCUGGACGAUUUGCCCGUAGGCACUGACUUCCACUUCCUCCUCGUAUCUGAGAUACAGGUCAUCACAGGCCACCUCAAAGAAAGCAAGCCUCACCGAUAUACCUUUGACCAGUGGGCGUGGUACCUCAAGCUCAUCGGUGAGGAUGAGCGCAGUGCUGAGACACAUGGCAAGGCCAAGCCCAAUGAAAGGCAUAAACAUCGCCGUAAAGGCCGCCAUGACGACACCAGCGACAGCAAUGGCAACGACCACGACCACGAACACGACCACGUCCAGCAAGAUAGCGAAUACGAGGGAGCGACAUGGUCUUGGGUUGGGAAUCGCAGCCCGUUGAUGGGUAGCCAGGAAGAGAGCGAGUGGAUCCUCGACAGACUCACAGACCGACUACGUGAAUCUUUGUCCAUGGAGAGAAGGCGACAGUUGAGGAUGCAUGGCAGUGGCCACGCAGAUGCCCAUCACUGUCAGCCGCACCCGCCCCAGGCUCAUCACCAUUGGGACACACAACACCACCAGUCCAACAGCGCGCAUCACGAUGAGAACACAAAGAAGGAUUCAUGA